AAACAACACGACUGAACACACCAAUUAUUUAAGGGAAUAAUUCUUGUCGAAACUCUCACAUUUUACAAUUCCUAAGGCUAAAACUACUCUGGGUUCAGGCUCGAUUACGUCAUUUUAACAUCUCACAACCAUUCCAUUGAAGAGCUCUCCACCUCGAAGAGCCUUGAAGCUAUGUCCAGCGCCACAAAACCCUUCCCGUUUCUCGAACUCCCACCCGAAAUCCGCGAGAAGAUAUACAUCCUCAUCUGUCACCAAUCAGCACCAAUCUCUCUUCACAUCCCAAUAUCAACGCCCUGUGAAACAUCAUCCGACCCCUCCUUCCCACACGCCCUCUUGCAGACUUGCACCCUCAUAUACAAUGAACUCCGUCCAAUCUACUUUACGCACAAUACCUUCACACUCUCAAUCCGCAGGCGUAACGAUGACUUGACCUACUUCCUCUCUCCGUCGUUCCUCGAUAAUCGACGCCAGAUCCGCAGUCUGAAACUCAUUAUCUACAGAUUUGGAGGUCAUGAUUUCUUUACCAAGGACUUUAUACCCGUUCUCGAGGACUGUAUCAUGAAUGGCAGAUUACGAGAUUUGGAUGUCGUUGUCAAAGAGCGGUUUCUUAGAAGUGUGAAGCUUUGUGAGCGGGGUUUGAGAGGUGGGUUUCGGGAUACCGCGGGACUGGAGACUUUGAGGGAUUGGGUGGCUUUGAGAAGGGUUCUGUUGGAUCCGUAUCUGGAGAAGAGGCUGCUGAGGAGUGGGAAUUUGGAUGCAGUUGAUUCUGUGAAUCAAGAGAAUAUUGAGUUGACGCUCAUGGGUGUGCCUGGUUACGAGGAACACCCGGAUUACCAACUCGAAUCAUACCAUCCCUGA